UACUGCGAAACCAAAGGAUAUUGAAAAGUAUAACAAAACUAAGAUAAAUGAGUAUAGAGUUUAUUUGUAAAGAAACGUGAAUCUGUUAAGAUCAAAAGUAGUGUUGUCUCUCGCUAAUAACUGAAUGCGAGGCGCUGAUUGGCUCGUGUGUACCAUGUGAUUGCGCAUUGAUUGACGUGUAACCCAUGAAGUGAAGCAGUACUUGGAUCUGAUGUUGGUGUGGUUGAAGUUGAUUCAACAUGGAAGAAACCAAGGUUAUAUACCACAUCGACGACGAAGAUACACCGUAUUUAGUGAAACUAGGAAAACACCCUGACAUUGUGACUCUUGGGGAUUUCAAAAAUGUACUCAACAGACCAACCUACAAGUUCUUCUUCAAGAGUAUGGACGAUGAUUUUGGUGUGGUCAAAGAGGAGAUAAGCGAGGAUGAAAUGCGUUUGCCCUGCUUCAAUGGAAGAGUCGUAGCUUGGCUUGUUACAUCAGAUAAUAGUAGUAUAUCUGGAUCUGGAGGAGGAGAUCUUGCAUUAGACCAACAGUCUAUUUUAUCAAGUCCUUCUGAUCUACAUGUACCUGUACAGAGAACUGUUGGAAUCGGAGAUUCAAGACCACCAUCUUUUCAUCCAAAUGGAGGUCAUUCUACUACAGGCGACUUUGACUCAGAGGUAGACUCUACGAUAAGCUCUAGAAGAGGAGGAUCCAAAAGAAGAGAAAAGCAUAAUAGUAGAGGGAAUGAAGGUGGAGGGCACCCUCGACAUAGGUCUGGUCCAAGACAACCUGGCGAAAGGUUUGAUGCCACCUCUACUAUGAGUAGUGAUAUUGAAUCAACUAGCUAUAUGGAUUCUUCAGACGAUCAGAGCAGUGUAUCAAGGUUUUCAAGUACGACAGAGGGGUCGCAUCUUUUAAGUGGUCGACAUAGAAGAAGAAGAAGAAGACCAAGGAUGCCAAGAGUUCAAAGGUGUUCUUCCUUCAGUACAAUUACAGAAUCAACUAUGUCUUUGAAUAUCAUUACCAUCACAUUGAACAUGGAAAAAGUGAAUUUCCUUGGUAUAAGUAUAGUAGGACAAAGUAAUAAGAGAGGAGAUGGAGGUAUAUAUGUUGGAUCCGUCAUGAAGGGUGGUGCUGUCGAUCUUGAUGGAAGAAUAGAGCCUGGAGAUAUGCUAUUACAGGUUAAUGAUGUCAAUUUUGAAAACAUGACCAAUGAUGAUGCCGUUAGAGUUCUAAGAGAAAUGGUCCAUAAACCAGGACCUAUAACUUUAACUGUUGCUAAAUGUUGGGAUCCCACACCAAAAGGAUACUUCACAUUACCACAUAGCGAUCCAGUUAGACCUAUAGAUACAUCAGCAUGGGUACAACACACAACUGCAAUGAAUCAAUUUGCUGCUCAACAAGUGGCUCAAUAUGGAAAACCUCCAAACAGUCAAUCACUGAGCACGAUGACAUCGACAAGUUCAUCAAUGACAAGCUCCUUACCGGAAUCAGACACAGGAUAUACUGAACUAGGAGAAGGAGAACCACUCACAUUGAACACAGAUAUGGUCACAGUUGUUAAAGCCAUGGCAGCUCCUGACUCUGGUCUUGAUAUUCGAGACAGGAUGUGGCUCAAAAUCACUAUCCCUAACGCUUUUAUAGGUUCAGAUGUAGUAGAUUGGCUGUAUUCACGCGUGGAAGGAUUCUCCGAUAGACGAGAAGCAAGGAAGUAUGCGUGCAACUUGUUAAAGGCUGGAUACAUCAGACAUACUGUGAAUAAAAUAACCUUUUCUGAGCAGUGUUACUAUGUGUUUGGAGAUCUCUGUGGAAACAUGGCAGCAUUGAGUUUGACAGAACAUGAAGGUGACCAGGAUACGCUGGGUCCCCUCCCUCCUCAACAACACGCUAUCCCAUGGAUGACCGGAGGACCUCCAGCGUAUGGCUACCACCAAAUGCCAUCAUAUUCACAACCAAUGCCCACUGACCCCAAGAAUGUAGGCUACGCCCAUUCUUUCUAUAGUGGUACCAGCGCACACAGUGGAAGUCAGAGCCCGCAUAGCGGAAGUGGAAGCUCAAAACGCGGUAGUGAACGACAAGCCGAUGAACACAGAAGCAGUGGCAGCGGUAGUGACCGCAGUGGUAGCAGCAAGGGAAAGGGUAGCGGCCAAAGUGUUAGAAGUGAAGUUACUGCACCUCCAUUAGUACCAAAUGCACCACGCCCUUUAGAUCAAGUACCCGAGAGCAUUGCUUCAAGCAGGAAUAGUUUUCGAAUGGCCAUGACAAAUCCUUGUGAAUACUUCGUGGAUGUAAUGUGACGAAGCACAAUCUUGGUGAAUAUUUACAGAUUAUCUCUGAAUCUCGACUUUACUCGAAAGCUGACCUCAGCAGAGUGUAGAGUCUAGUGCUUACUGCCACAGCGCCGACCCAACAAACAGUUACUGAGAGAAAAUUAAAUGAGGGAAUGACAUGCGAUGUAGUAGGUAAAGACACAAAUUGGAACCAUCAAAAUGGAUGGUAAGGGAGAUGUCUUGUAAAAUGGUUUCCGUCGUAUGGAUAGAAUCUACUAAUCAUUAGCCCAGACGUGGUCAACAAGAGACAGCAAGGAAACGCUGGAAAAUAUCAAUAUUUUCAAUUUAAGUUUAUUUGAGUUCUUAUUGCGCUGAGUAUUAUUGCAUUGAGCAAACAGACAUUUUGGUUAAAACAGACAUUUGUUUUGAAUAUUUUUAUUAUAGGUCGUGUAAAUAGAACCAGAGUGCUAUUCAAUGAGUUCGUGUACAAGUAGUUGCGGUUUAUUUAGCACAGGUUUCGUAGCAGGGGAACGUUAAAGUGACUCUGAGAUAGCUGAAGGCGUACUUUUAUCUACGCUAUUGAAUAGCGCAGUUUUUCUUCCGUUUCGAUUGGUUCAAUAGAAAGCUAUUUUAAAGUAACUCGAAUACGUUUCCAAUUUAUACGAAAUCCGAGCUAGACCGUCAAUGGUAUCAGUUUGAGUUAGUGGCUGACCGGUUCGUUCAGCCACGCUUUGCAUGUAGGGAUUUCUAUGAAUUCACCUAUCCCAGAAUGGAUCAGGAUGUGGUAGUAAAGUCAUAGGGUAACCUGACGAUAUGUAGAUAUAGAGAUGGAAUAUCGUGUAUAGUAUAAAGUACGAAUAUAUUGUAUCUGAAGUAGACCAUGGCCAUUGUGACCAUUAUCCAAAUGUAUUAAUGUAUGUCCACCUAAGAGACCACUUGUUUGACUGCAA